AUGUGUCUGGUCCAUCGGGGGGGAUUAUGGUUUUACUUUUUUUUUUGUGCCUCCCAAUUUCACUAUAAGGGCCUGACCGAUGUUGUGGAGAGCAGAGAAGCAGAAGAGGAAGCGACUAAACUUAACUACCAGAACGGGUUCUAGUUGAUAUCUUGUGAUUUUCACUGCUUUUGUUUUCUUGGGAUUCCUUUGGAGAUGGAUGGACUGAUCAGAAUGGAAAGACAAAAGUUUCCUUUCACUAUUGAGAACAUACUGAGCAAAUAUCCAAACAGUCAUGGAGACAGGCGGUCAUGUGGGACAACUGGAUUAAAAGAGAAGGCGCUGUGUGCUGUUGGAGGCCAGACAGAGACUGUUCAUCAUGCCUGCAUGUGCUGCUGCUGCUGCUCCCACUGUGGAGACAUUUUCCAGACGGAUUUCGUCCAUGAAGUCUGUCAGUACGGAUGGCCCCCAGCGAUGCUCACAGACCCCUGCAGGCUUGGAGAUGCUCACAGAGACGAGAUGUCAGCGGGACCUGGUCAGGUGCAAAGGAGAACCCGGAGACAUCGCACUAUUUUCACAGAGGAGCAGCUGGACGCACUGGAGGAGCUGUUCCUGCAGAAUCAGUAUCCAGAUGUGAACACGAGGGAGAGACUAGCACAACAAACUCACCUAAGAGAAGAAAGAGUAGAGGUUUGGUUUAAAAACCGAAGAGCAAAGUGGAGGCGUCAGAAAAGACUAUCAUUCGGUGUGGGAAACACAGAAAACUAAAUUCCAUUGAAAAAGAGAAAGAGCUGUACGACUCUGUGUGUGUGUGUGUGUGUGUGUGUGUGUGUGUGUGUGUGUGUGUGUGUGUGUGUGUGUGUGUGUGUGAUAUAUUGUUGCUCUGGAUACUGAUUAUCAAGACCACAUCAAUAUUUUUGGGAUUUAGAAAAUGCUUUUUAAUGCCAGUCCUCAUGACUGAAGCCACUUUGAGUGCAUUACAAGAACAGACUAAUGCAACUCCUGAACAUUACAUCUUGCACUUGUAAGUGGAUUGUAAUUGUAUGUAGGCCUACUUGUUGUGUAAAAAAUAAAAGUGUCCUUGGGAACAAAUAAAGCUGUUUUU